AUGAAACAUCCAUUUCAAUUAUUAACUUCUGAUAAAUCAGGUAAAUAUUUAUUCACAAGUAAUCAAAAUGUAAUCCAAGUUUUCAAUUUUGGUGACGGAAAUGUGAUUGGUGAGUGGAAAGAUGAGACAGAAUCAGGACAAUUAAAAACCGUUAAAAAUGAUGAAAAGAAAGGCAAGGCUAAAUUUUCACAAUCAAUACUGAAUUAUAUUAGAUAUCUAAUCCUAGAUGACUCAGAAAAUUAUUUGAUAGCAUGUGCAGACUCAGACAAAUCAAUUUUAAUUUUCAAACUCGAUUUAAAUGCCUCCAAUUGUUUAAAUCUUAUCAAAAGACAACAAAUCCCAAAGAGACCAAGUUCUUUAGCUGUACAAGAUUCAAUUGUCGUUGUUGCUGAUAAAUUCGGAGACGUAUAUAGUAUCCCAAUAGAUUCUGAAAUUUCAGAUAUGGAUAAAUUGGAACCUAUUUUAGGUCAUGUUUCAAUGUUACUCGAUGUUGAAUUAGUCAAAUCAAAAAAUGAAAAACCAUUUAUUAUAACUUGUGAUAGAGAUGAACAUAUUCGUAUUUCGAAUUUUCCAAAGAGUUACGUCAUAAAGGGUUAUUUAAUGAAUCAUAAGAAUUUCGUGAGUAAAUUGUUUGUUCCUCACUUUGAUUCCAGUUUGUUAAUUAGUGGUGGAGGUGAUGAUUAUAUAUGUUUAUGGAAUUGGUAUAAUGAGAAUUUGAUGCAGAAAAUAGAUAUAAGGGAAUUAGUGGAGGAAUACUUGGAUGAUUUCCACUUACCUCCUGAACGAAUCAGAAAAGAACAAGAAGAAGAAGAAGGUAAACUAAUUAAAGAAACUUCAAUUGCACAGAUAUCAUCAGUUACAAUUGGUGAGAAAAGCUAUGUUAUUAUCCUAAUUGAGCAUACUCCCGUAUUGUUAUUUUUUGAAUUUGUGAACAACAACCUAAAAUAUUUCCAAAUUUUGAAAUUUGAAGAUAAUAUUGUUAAUUUUGCAGUUACAGGAGAUGAAAUAAUAGUCUCAUUAGAUUCAGAAACACUUGUAAAAGCGCUAAAGUUUGAUAUUGAAUUUAAAAUUGAUGAAAAUGAAAUUGUAUCAAGAAUUAUCGAUCAAAUUUCAAUUAAUACUGACUCAAAUUUUCAACAAUUAUAUCCAAUUUCAUCAUUACGUAAACGAAAAGAAAAUGAAUUUUAG